AAAAAAUCAAACAUUCCACGUCAACCAAUAAUAAUGCAGAUCAUUCCUUACAUCUCAAGUUUUAUAGAAAGUAAAACUUUUUGCGAUCAAAACCACUAAAACACAACUCCGAUUCGAUCCCUAAACAAUCCUUCGUUUUGUUCCAAUGUCGAAGCAAACAUACAAAGUCUGUUUCUGUUUCCGUCGCAGGUACCGUCACACGGCGUCGGUUGCUCCUCCUGAGAUCAAGACCAUUUUCGAUGGUUACUCCGAGAAAGGUCUCAUGACUGUUGAUCAUCUCCUUAGGUUUCUCACCGAUGUUCAAAAACAAGAUCAAGCCACGAGAGAAGAAGCUCAAGCGAUCGUUAAUGCAUCAACGUCUCUUCUUCAUCGCAAUGGUCUCCACCUUGACGCUUUCUUCAAAUACCUUUUCAGUGUUGAUAACUCUCCUCUUGCUUAUCAUGAGGUGCAUCAAGACAUGGAUGCUCCGUUAUCACAUUAUUUCAUAUUUACAGGGCAUAAUUCUUAUUUAACUGGUAAUCAGCUGAGUAGUGACUGCAGUGAAGUACCUAUAAUAGAUGCAUUGAAGAAAGGUGUCAGGGUUAUUGAGUUAGAUCUUUGGCCAAACUCUGAUGAAGAUGGUAUUGAUGUUCUUCAUGGAAGGACACUUACAUCACCUGUGGAGCUGAGCAGAUGUCUAAAUGCUAUUCAAACAUAUGCAUUUGAUGUAUCUGAUUAUCCAGUUGUUGUAACUCUUGAAGAUCAUCUCACUCCAAACCUCCAGGCCAAAGUUGCUGAGAUGGUUAGUGAAAUAUUUGGAGAAAUGUUAUUUACUCCUCCUCCUGGAGAAUGCUUAAAGGACUUCCCAUCACCAGCGUCUUUGAAAAGGCGUGUUAUCAUCUCAACCAAACCUCCUAAAGAGUACAAGAAAUCAAAAGAUGAUGAGGAGGUGGAGAAGAAAGAUAGGAGUUUGGGUGAUGAAGAAGUCUGGGGGAAAGAGGUUCCUAACUUUAACCGGAGGGACUCAAGUGAUGACAAGGCUGGGAAACCAAAAGGUGGAAUAGUUGAAUGUUUGAAAGUGGAUCUUGAUAAAGUAAGACGGCUUAGUUUGAGUGAAGAACAACUUGAAAAGGCCUCAGAAAAAUAUGCCAAACAGAUUGUGAGAUUUACUCAACGGAAUUUGCUUCGGAUUUACCCAAAAGGAACUAGAAUUACUUCAUCAAAUUAUAAUCCACUGGUUGGCUGGAGUCAUGGUGCUCAAAUGGUGGCUUUCAAUAUGCAGGGACAAGGAAGAUCAUUGUGGGUAAUGCAAGGAAUGUUUAGAGCUAAUGGAGGAUGUGGAUACAUCAAGAAACCAGAUAUUUUGCUGCAGUCUGACGCUGUAUUUGACCCGGAAGCUACAUUACCUGUGAAGACAACACUAAGGGUAACUAUAUACAUGGGCGAAGGAUGGUACUAUGAUUUUCCUCACACACACUUUGACCGAUAUUCUCCACCUGAUUUCUAUACAAGGGUGGGUAUUGCUGGAGUCACAGCAGAUACGGUAAUGAGGAAGACAAAAAUGUUAGAAGAUAACUGGAUACCAGAUUGGAAUGAGGUUUUUGAGUUCCCAUUAACGGUUCCAGAGCUUGCUCUAUUACGCAUAGAGGUACAUGAGUAUGACAUGUCGGAGAAAGAUGAUUUUGGAGGCCAAACUUGCUUGCCGGUUUGGGAACUGAGGCAGGGAAUACGUGUUGUUCCUUUGCAUAAUCAGGAUGGGGUGAAGUGUAGAUCCGUGAAGCUUCUUGUGCGGUUGGAGUUUGUGUGAGUGUAUAUAUAAGAAAUGUUCUCCGGGUUUAAGCACAUUUAAACCGGAUCUGGUACAGAAAGUAAACCGAGUUUAUGAUUUCGGUUUGAUGAGUUUGGUACUAGUGAGUAUUGAGCUGUGAGUGUGAGUGAACACAAAUUUAUGCUGAUUAAAAAAAACUGUGUUGCCAUCCCAUUACUUGCACACUUUUAGUUUUAGGCCUCUGAUCCCUAACAGUUGAAUGAAGUAAGCAUGAUAUAACUAAAUACUUGCAAGGUCAUUUCUCCCUGUGUAUUUGUUUGAUUAUGUUUUUUUGUGCAUCAUAACGAAAUUUUGGAACUGUAAACUGCAAUUAUG